GCGCGGCGGGGGGCGGGCCUCUCCCGUCCAUUGUUCUCGGUGCCCCUCGGGCUUGAGCCGCGGAGAGUACGGAGGGGCCGGGCCGUGCCCGGGGGCGCUUUGGCGCGCGGAGUGGCUGCGGAAGCCCGACCCGGGCUCCCGAGAGCCAGACUACUUGUUGAAAUUUGAGGCAGGAGGUGUCUCUUCCGUGAGCCUCGCUCUAGAAGAUUGAGGUUCAAGGUUAGAGGCCUGGGCGAUCGCCCUGGGAAGGUGAAUGAUGGCUGCAGAGGGGCCGAGAGUAACCAGCUCCCUGAGCCCCUUGGUCCAGGUGCCUCAAGAGGAAGACGAACAGGAGGAGGUCACCACCAUGAUCCUGGAGGAUGACUCUUGGGUGCAGGAAGCUGUAUUGCAGGAAGAUGGCCCUGAGUCAGAGACCUUUCCCCAGAGUGCUGGCAAGGGUAGCCCCCAUGGGGAGGCCGCCGGAGGGCCGCAGGGUGCACUUGGCCGCCUCCGAGAGCUCUGUCGGCGCUGGCUGAGGCCGGAAGUGCACACCAAGGAACAGAUGCUGACCGUGCUACCAAGGGAAAUUCAGGCCUGGCUGCAAGAGCAUCGUCCCGAAACCAGUGAGGAGGCCGUGGCCCUGGUGGAGGACUUGACCCAGACCCUUCAGGAGGGCGAUUUUGAGAUCCAGAGUGACAAUGGGGAGAACUCCAGUCAGGAUCUAUUUGAGGACGCCGAGCCACAUGAGAUGUUCUCAGAAAUGCCAGAAGGGGAAGGCAUUCCGCAAUCCGACUGGGAAAGUGACUCUGAGAGAGACUGUGGCUCCAGGGGGCCACCGAGGAAUGCCCCGAGUGGGGACCACAGGGAGGUGCCCACACAGGGCAGGGAAGUCGGGCAGCUCAUCGGCCUUCAGGGCACCUAUCUGGGUGAGAAGCCCUACGAGUGUCCCCAGUGUGGGAAAACCUUCAGCCGGAAAUCCCACCUGAUCACCCAUGAGCGGACCCACACGGGAGAAAAAUAUUACAAAUGCAAUGAAUGCGGGAAAAGCUUUAGUGAUGGUUCCAACUUCAGCAGACACCAAACCACCCACACGGGGGAGAAACCUUACAAAUGCAGAGACUGUGGGAAAAGCUUUAGCCGGAGUGCAAACCUCAUCACCCACCAGAGGAUCCACACAGGAGAAAAGCCCUUCCAGUGUGCCGAGUGUGGCAAGAGUUUCAGCAGGAGCCCCAAUCUUAUUGCCCACCAGCGAACCCACACGGGUGAGAAGCCCUACUCGUGCCCCGAGUGUGGGAAGAGCUUCGGCAACCGGUCCAGCCUUAACACACACCAGGGCAUCCACACAGGCGAAAAGCCGUACGAGUGCAAGGAGUGUGGGGAGAGCUUCAGCUAUAACUCCAACCUGAUCCGGCACCAGCGGAUCCACACAGGCGAGAAGCCCUACAAGUGCGCUGAGUGCGGGCAGAGGUUCAGCCAGAGCUCAGCGCUCAUCACACACCGGAGGACACACACUGGCGAGAAGCCCUACCAGUGCGGUGAGUGCGGCAAGAGCUUCAGCCGCAGCUCCAACCUGGCCACACACCGCCGCACACAUCUGCUGGAGAAGCCCUACAAGUGCGGCGAGUGUGGCAAGAGCUUCAGCCAGAGUUCCAGCCUCAUCGCGCACCAGGGCACGCACACUGGCGAGAAGCCCUAUGAGUGCCUGACGUGCGGGGAGAGCUUCAGCUGGAGCUCCAACCUCCUCAAGCACCAGCGAGUUCACACCGGCGAGAAGCCAUACAAGUGCACUGAGUGUGGCAAGGGCUUCAGCCAGCGCUCGCAGCUCGGGGUGCAUCAGCGGACGCACACUGGCGAGAAGCCCUACCAGUGCCUAAUGUGCGGCAAGAGCUUCAGCCGGGGCUCCAUCCUCGUCAUGCACCAGCGCGCCCACUUGGGGGACAAGCCCUACCGCUGCCCGGAGUGUGGUAAGGGCUUCAGCUGGAACUCCGUCCUCAUCAUCCACCAGCGCAUCCACACGGGGGAGAGGCCCUACAAGUGCCCUGAGUGUGGCAAGGGCUUUAGCAACAGCUCUAACUUCAUCACUCACCAGAGAACGCACGCCAAAGACAAAGCCUACUGAGCUGGCUGAGGGCCAAUGGAGAGGGCGAUCAGGGCCCAGCCAUGAUGCCCCCAAAUGGUGACAUCCCUCCAGGAAAGCCAUUCUUCCCAAGAGGUCUCUAGGGACAUGGGCCAGAAUCUCACCCUCACUCAUCCCCGAUUCUAGUAUUUGCUGCCAUCUUAGAGCAUGGAGUCACACCCCCAGAGCAGAGGAGGGGAACUGAAGGCCACAGAGUUGGGUCUCUUUCCGUUUUGUUGCAUGACACGCGAUUGGCUUCCUCUCUCCUGGUCCUCCGGGCCUCAGUUUCCCCUUUGGUAGCACAGGGGGAGUGUUUCUCUUGGGGGACAGAAGACAGCAUGGCCCACAGCCCAGGCUGAGGCCUCAGAAAUACUGGAAAAUGACAGGUGCGGUCUGGUAGUUCUGCCGCCCCUUGGUCAGGCUAAGGUGCCUUCACCAGCAGCUCCUGCCAUGCCAGGCUGUUAGGUCAGAAGCAGCUUUCCCUGGCCUUGUGUCCUGGGCUUUGAUUCUCAAAUCAAAGGUCAAGGUAGAUGGAUUUUUCCAACUCAGUCAUCCAGAGGAAGGUAAAGCCCUUCUCUAGUUGUAGAAAGUGUCAGGGACCCAGAGACUGGAGGGAGUAUGGCCUGGAACCAGUGUCCCCGUAGCCUUUCCACUGAUAAGAGUUGAACAGCACCCACCAGGGAGGGUAGAAACUGAGGAGACGCACACCUUUGCUUAUGUCUCUGCUUACUGUCCUAUGGUAAGU